AUUGCCACUAAUGAGCUCCAUAAUGGCAAAAUGGUCCUAGAUGAUUUGGGUGUCUUCUCCCCCAAGCCCAAAAAUCGUCUUCACCUUCACUACGAAGAAAACCUCAGUAGAAGUGGUCCAAACCAGGCGAUUCAAAUAAAUACAGCAACAUCGAUCAGUAGCUAAAAACGAAGCAAUGGCAAGAUACGACAGAGCAAUAACGGUGUUCUCUCCCGACGGCCACCUCUUCCAAGUAGAAUACGCCCUCGAAGCCGUCCGAAAGGGUAACGCCGCCGUCGGCGUCAGAGGCACCGACACCAUCGUCCUCGGCGUCGAGAAGAAGUCCACCGCCAAACUCCAAGACUCCAGAUCAGUUAGGAAAAUUGUAAACCUUGAUGACCACAUUGCAUUGGCGUGUGCUGGGCUUAAAGCCGAUGCUCGUGUUCUUAUCAACAGGGCUCGUAUUGAAUGUCAAAGCCACAGGCUUACUGUUGAGGAUCCAGUAACUGUCGAGUAUAUUACGCGUUACAUAGCUGGGCUUCAACAGAAGUACACACAAAGUGGUGGUGUGAGACCAUUUGGUCUUUCAACUUUGAUUGUGGGCUUUGACCCUCAUACUGGGGUACCAUCUCUAUAUCAGACAGACCCAUCAGGUACAUUUUCUGCAUGGAAGGCUAAUGCAACUGGGAGAAACUCUAAUUCAAUGCGAGAAUUUCUGGAGAAAAAUUAUAAAGAAACCUCUGGGCAAGAAACUGUGAAGCUUGCAAUCCGAGCCUUGCUCGAAGUAGGUAUCUUUUGGCUCAUCUUUUUACACAUUUGUUCGAAAAUUUCCUGCCCUGCAGAAUUUCAUGACUCUUAUUAUUUCUUCCAAGUUCCAACUUAUGAUGUGCCUUUUUGUUUGGAAUCUCAUCUAUCUGCGGUCUGUGCUAAUAAAUUUCUCCUGUCCAGAGUAUUUUUUGUACCAUGUCACGUACAUUAGAAUGAAUGUGAGUUUAUGAUGUGCCUUUUUGUUUGGAAUCUCAUCUUCAUACAUCUGCGGUCAGUGCUAAUAUUUUUCUCCUGUCCAGAGUAUUUUUGUACCAUGUCACGUACAUUAGAAUGAAUGUGAGUUUAUGUUUCCUUUAUUGGAGGAACUUUGCAGAUUUCUGUAGGAUGCAAAGUCUUUUUUCCUGAGGGGCCAUUGCUUGUGCAAUCGUUAAAACUCAAAUCUGGCCAGAAGCCAUUGUGUGCAGAUAAAAUUGGAUGAUACUUCUGCCCAUGAUGGUCAAUGCACCCCAAAGUGAAAGCUGUGAUGCCUUUUUGAAAUGGCAUUCCGUAAAGUACUUGCAUAGUUACAUAUGAUAUUGUCUCGGAUCAAUUCAAUGAGGGAAGUGCUAUCCUAGUAGAUAAUUGCUGUAGGUUUGGACAGAAUACCCCAAUUUUCUGUGUCUGCUAUUCCAAGUUUGCUAAUCGCUUCAUUUGCUUGCAUAUUAGCUAGUUCUGGAUAUGUAUUGGCUGAUUCACUAGUGAUAUGGUGAUUCUUGACCAAUAUGGCCAAUUUGGCUGCUUUAAAGCUCUUUUUUUGCUGCUGAUGACUUUAAUUAAGUCACAACUGCGAUUACACUGUAUCUUGAUAAUGCGCUUUAUAACCACGCUUCUAGUGCCAAAAUAUUGCGUCUAAUAUUAACACUCUUGUAUCUUCGGAUUUAUUUAUGAGCUCAUGGAACACCUAUUCAGACUGGCGGACUCCAUUCAAACUUUUUGGACAGUGACCUAAAAUCGUAGAAUAGACUGUGUAACCGCAAUGCUAUAUUUGUAAUAGCCGUUACUCGGUAGGUGUAAUAAAUUUGUAAUAGCCAUUAGGUAUGAUAGAUUUGUAAUACAUUUGACUUGUGUUUUUGAGUUCGUCAGAUUCAAGUAGAUGUUUGCAAGUGCAUAUUAGCGAAUUGAUGACGAGUACGAAUUAAAAACUUAGUAUAAGAUUAUAGAGGAUACUGUAGCUUGGAUAUUCUCAAUUGGUGCUCUGAUCAGUUUAACCUAUAGCCAUCUAGAAGGAAUAAGUUGCCAUGUAGUUACUUAUCACAAAAAAAAAAGUUGCCAUGUAGAUUCUGCAUCUAACCUAUUGCUUUCCUUCAGUUAUAUGCUAAAUGAGUGUCUGAUGUAUGCACAAUUAACAACUUCAUGUGAGUUAAAUUCUACCUGAUGGAUGCCACAAGCACAACACUGCAAGGCUAAAAGAAGACGACUAGUUGCCCUUGUGUUUCCGACAUCUUCUCAACUGGAAUAUCUUAGUUGCCUUCAGGUUGUUGAGAGUGGGGGAAAGAACAUUGAAGUUGCUGUGAUGACCAAGGAUGGCCUGCACCAGCUCGAUGAGGCUGAAAUCGAUGCAGUUGUUGCUGAGAUCGAAGCGGAGAAAGCAGCCGCUGAGGCAGCGAAGAAGGGACCUCCCAAGGACACAUAAUUUACUUCAUUUUCGCCUUGUUCCUUUAGUGGAUUGUUCUCCAUUCUGAUGAUUUUGCGACUUGUUUGAGUUAAAUUUCUAUUAUUUUCUGGUUGAUGUGGAUUAGACUGAUGUCGGUCGGCAUUUUUGUGCCGAAGUAUUCCUGUCCAUUUUGUACUACAACUCUUCCCCUCUGAAUGGCUUGAACUCUACGAACUGAUCUUUUUUCUUUCGAAUCAUACUUAAUGGUGGAAGUUGUAGCAAA